CGUGGGACUGUUUUGUAUGUCAAAGUAUUAUGGUUUCCAAUAUUUUUUGUUGUUUAUUUGGGAUAGGGUUCAAAGUCCACCGUUCCGUUCCAAAGUGUAUUUUGUUUUAACUAACAUAAUUCUAUCGAUUAUUCGGAUAACGUUACCUGCUGGCUUUUGAGAGUUCUGUCGAAAAAUUACCUUCAAUUUCGGAAAAAUGUUUCGUGUGGCACGUUUGAUUUUAGAAAAUCCGCUCAAGACGCAAAAGUGCAUUGUGAGAUGUGUAUGCUUGAGUAGUAACCCUAGAGCAGUGGCAAAACCAGCAGAAGUCCCUAAAGCGAAAGCAGCUCCUGAGGAAAAUUCGUCUUUUGUAAUGAACAUCUUCCGUGGCCAGGUAGAUGGACGAGAAGUAUUUCCAUUUCCAGAUGUUCUCACGGAGGAGCAGAGAGAUACAUUACAGAUGUUGGUUGACCCUGUUACCAAAUUCUUUACAGAAAUCAACAACCCUAGCAAAAACGAUGAGUUGGAGAAAAUUGAAGAUAAAUCUUUGGCCGCUCUUUGGGAAUUGGGCGCUUUUUCGAUACAAGUGCCGCCAGAGUAUGGUGGCCUAGGUCUUACCAAUACACAGUAUGCUAGACUUGUUGAAAUUGUUGGGGCUAAUGACCUAGGGGUUGGCAUUACAUUGGGAGCCCACCAAUCUAUCGGAUUUAAAGGAAUUUUGUUGUAUGGCACACCAGAGCAGAAGGCGAAAUAUUUGCCUCGGGUGUCAAAUGGAGAAUAUGCAUCAUUUUGUUUAACUGAGCCUUCUUCUGGGUCAGAUGCAGGCUCCAUUCAAUCUCGAGCUGUAUUGUCACCUGACGGCACACAUUACAUUUUAAAUGGUUCUAAAAUAUGGAUAAGCAAUGGUGGAUUUGCAGAAGUGAUGACAGUCUUUGCCCAAACACCAGUUCAAGAUCCAAAGACGGGCAAAACUGUAGAUAAAGUGACCGCCUUCAUUGUGGAAAGAGGUUUUGGUGGUAUUACCAGCGGACCACCAGAAAAGAAAAUGGGCAUUAAAUGCUCAAACACAACUGCAAUUUACUAUGAUAAUGUGAAAAUACCAGCUGAAAAUGUCUUGGGAGGAGUAGGCAACGGAUUCAAAGUUGCAAUGAAUAUUUUAAAUAAUGGUAGAUUUGGAAUGGCCGCGGCCCUAUCUGGCACAAUGAAAUCAUGCAUUCAGAAGGCUGUGGAAUUCGCUACCCAACGUAAACAGUUUGGUCAAAGGAUUGAUAGUUUUGGAAGUAUUCAAGAAAAAAUUGCUCGAAUGGCAAUGCUGCAAUACAUUACUGAGUCAAUGGCUUAUAUGAUAUCUGGAAACAUGGACAGGGGAUCCGACCAUUACCACUUGGAAGCAGCAAUAUCAAAGUGUUUUGCUUCUGAAUCGGCGUGGUAUGUAUGCGACGAAGCUAUUCAAAUUAUGGGUGGUAUGGGAUUUAUGAGAGAAACAGGUUUGGAAAGAGUAAUGAGAGACUUGCGAAUAUUUAGGAUAUUUGAGGGUGCCAACGAUAUUCUUAGGUUGUUCAUAGCUUUAACGGGAAUACAGUAUGCCGGAGCACAUCUUAAAGAAUUGCAAAAUGCAUUUAAAAAUCCCACCGCUAACUUGGGUUUAAUAUUUGAAGAAGCUUCUAAGCGGGUUGUGAGAAAAGUUGGAUUAAGCGCACCUCCUGCUAUGGAACAUUUAGUCCAUAAAGAUUUGAGCCAUUCAGCAGGAAACAUUGCUAAAAGUAUUGAUUCAUUUGGACAAUCAAUUGAAAUGGUGCUUAUAAAAUAUGGUAAAAGCAUAGUCAAUGAGCAAUUUAUUUUAAACAGGCUCACAAAUUGUACUUUUGAUAUUUACACAAGCGUCGUGGCACUCUCUAGAGCCAGUACAGCGCUAAAUUCAAAUUUAGAAACUGCUCAACAUGAAAAAUUGAUGGCUGAAGCGUGGACCUUGGAAGCCGCCCAGAGAGUAGCUGCAAAUCUGAAGAUCGUUUCGGCUGGUAAAAACUUGGAUAACUUUACAAAAAUGAGCGCCAUAUCUAAAAAUGUAUGUUCAGCUGAGGGUGUUGUCCAACUUAAUCCUUUAAAAUUGUAAAUAGCAAAAGAGAAUUGUGGUUUAUUUAUUAUUAAUAACUAAAUUUUUUAUAAUUGUAAGUAGGUUUUGUGUGUACUUGAAUUGAAAAAAUAAUAUACCUACUUUUUUAUUUUUUA